CAAGCAUUAACAACUGGGUGGUGGGCCAUUUCUUAUUCCAAUGCUCUAUAAUUCUUUUGAUUACCGAACUCUUAAAUCUCCUCCGGUCCCUCGCCCAACCCAUAAAAACCAAAAACCAACGUACGAAGUUCUCAACUGUUCCGUAGCUUAUCCGAUCUACAACCCUUCCGGCACAGAUCUCCGAGUCAAAAACACGCAGAUCAACGGCGUUUGAGCUCCCAAACCCUCAAAUCGAACGGCUGCCAUUUCAAUCUCUACCGCCAUGAGCACUCCAGGCACGAGCUUCUAUUCUGGGUUCACUCGGCUAUGCAAGGGCCUCGCGGUGGUACUCGUCGGCGGGCACAUUGUGGUCCAACUUUUCCCUUCCGCUAUUGCUUAUGUUGCUCUUAUUCCCGCCAGGACAAUUCCUUUCACUUGGAACCUCCUAACAGCUGGUUAUAUUGAACAAACAGUGUCUGGGGUGUUUGCCAGCACAAUUGGUCUCCUUUUCAUUGGGAAGCUGCUUGAGCCAAUAUGGGGUUCUCGGGAAUUCUUGAAGUUCAUCUUUGUAGUUAACUUUCUGACUUCUGUAUGCGUUUUUAUCACUGCUAUUGCCUUAUACUACAUUACCACACAGGAAAAUUACCUUUAUGUGCCUCUUUCUGGAUUUCAUGGGGUUCUUUCAGGGUUCUUGGUUGGCAUCAAGCAGAUCAUACCCGACCAAGAGCUGCCUUUGUUGAAGAUUAAAGCUAAGUGGUUGCCAUCUCUUACAGUAUUGCUGUCCAUUGCUGUAAGCUUCUUCACACUUGAGUCGGUGAAAUAUCUUCCAACCAUAAUAUUUGGCACGUAUAUGAGCUGGAUUUACCUCAGAUACUGGCAGAGGAAACAGGAAACAAAACUUAAGGGUGAUCCAAGUGAUGAUUUUGCAUUCUCUACAUUCUUCCCUGAAUUGUUAAGACCAGUCAUUGAUCCCAUUUCAUCUAUAUUUCAUCGGAUGCUCUGUGGGAGAACUGAAGCUUCUAAUGAAGACCAGGGUUACACGCUGGGAGGUGCCCCAUUACCUGGUUCUGACCCUAUUGAGGCAUCUAGGAGGAGAGAAAGGGGAGCUCGAGCGCUUGAAGAAAGGUUGGCAACUGAGAGGCUGGCCACUGCAGGGAGUGCAGAAGAGGCAGGAAAAGAUGCAACAGAGAAUGUUUGACUGCUUGGAAACGCUACUUCUGAAUCCAGUUAACCAGCACAAUUGUGUCUUUUCCAUUACAAUUUAUAGAGGUUUUGCUGUAUCUGCGUUGAAGCUUGGAUUCUGGAGGAAGGUUCUAUUGUACAUUUUGCCUUGGAUUUUAAUCCUCAGUAUACAAAAUCUCCCUUCUUUUAUGUUUC